AUGAAGAAGAGCAAGCAAACGGUGCGCCUCACAGAUGUUGAAGAAGAUGUAACGACAGAACAGAUCCAAACACAGGCACAAGCAGACCUAGAGGUCAAGCAUUCAUUCUGGAAACCUUGGCUGAAGACUUCUUCCCGCCAGUCUAGCGAUAAUAUAAUAGCUUCUAGUUUAGCACAACAGAAGGGCUGUAAAACGGCGACAAUCACAUUCACGUCCUCAGCAAUAAAAGAGCGAGCCCUCGAGAAUGCGCAGAAAAGGCGUAACAAGACACGAAAAGGUGCUUACAUUGACGAUGACUUCCGCGGUAUUACCGUAUUACACAGUGGCUCUAGCGGACAACAAGUCGACUUGGACAUUUGUGCUGUUCACGGUCUAAACGGACAUGCAUUCGACACAUGGAUGAGUGAAACUCAAAUGUGGUUACGAGACCAUCUCCCCAACCAUCCGGAUUUCAGAAACAGUCGGAUCAUGACAUACGGCUAUGAUACACAGUUGUUCAAUGGCAAAGGAACGCGAUCCCGGUUUGAAGACUACGCCGAUCAACUCUUAGUACUCCUUGGGAAUGAGAGGACGACUGCUCAAGAACGCGCGCGGCCAAUUAUGUUCUUGUGCCAUUCCAUGGGUGGUCUUAUCGCUCGACUAGCCAUGGUGCGGUACGAGAAGUAUCCUCGGCUGCAUCCAGAUGUCUCACUUGGACCUCGCGGUUUAUUGCUUUUGAGCACACCCAAUGCUGGAGCGUUGGACGCACAAUGGUCGGACUUAUCGUUAGCGCUAGGAGACGUCUUAGGGCUCCGACGGAGCCUUAUCGAUGAGUUGAAAGUUCUCAACCCCCACCACAUCGACGCUGUAAAUGACUGGGAGACACUUCAAUAUAAACCCUUAGUCCGAUGCUACUGCGAAUCUUCGUCGACAGCAUUAGCGCCUGGUUGGACAGGAACCUCUAGACAAGUUGUUACAGCAACUUCUGCUGGUUUUCUUACGAACACAGCUACGCAAUUACCGGAGACAGAUCACCACUCUGUCUGCAAGUUUGAAAAGAGGAUCAGUCCGGCAUUCGAUAUGGUUAAGGCAGGGUUGUGCCAAAUGCGAGCGGACCUUUUAAGCGCGGCCAAUCAAGUUCCCUCAACAGCAGCAAAUGUAUAUAGGGUUGGUAGACCCGAAGUCACAGCUCCUUCCUAUCCACUGCCCAAGCCAUUUGUUUUCGACCAUGGCUUCCGUAAAGCAAGUUGCAACGUUGUACAACGGUCAGAACUCCUCGAGAAAGCUGCCAAAACUAUUAGUGAUUCUGCUUUAUCACAAUUUAUGCUGAUACUGACAGGUAUCGCUGGGUCUGGAAAGACGGAACUACUGCUCGACUAUGUGAAGCAGCGAUCAUCAGAAAGUAACGUUGUAAUUCUACCUGCGUCGACAUAUAAGGGACUACGGGAGAAACUGGAACAGUACGCCCUAAUGUUUGGACAUGAUGCCAUGCCACACCAUGGAGCCAUCGGCCCCCGAGCCCUGGACAGGUGGAGGUCAUACACGCUGACUGUACAAGCCGAUUUCUUUUUGGCCUGGACUUCUACAAUGGAAAGCGACUGCAUCAUUAUCCUUGAUGAACUCGAUGACAUCAAAGAUGCCUCUGAUAUCGCAAGAGACCUUCCUAGAACCGCGCGCGUCGUCGUGUCGACGCGAAAUCCUUCGGUAUCAAACAGCUCAUACAAUCUGGAUUUCGCUGUGUCGACCUUCUCGUGUUCAAUAUGAAGAUCGACGAGGCAAAACAACUACUCACGUCCCUUUUGGCAUCUACAACCGUAACAGCAUCUCCCUUGCAGCUGACCCGCCUAGUGGAAGCCCUGGAUAGACACCCUUUCGCCAUAUGUGCUGCAUCUUCGUACCUGCCGGGUCUACAGCGUAUCCAGGAUCCUUCAGAACAGCACCGUGCAGUCGAUGUUCUACUUGACGCCCUUGAAGGCAAUAAUGUUCAGAAGCGAAAGGAUUUUUUUGACUUUGAUGAUCUGUGCAACUUGUCUAUAUCAGAGUUAUUUGGAUCAGCAAUGAAGCGCUUGAGAAAACAGACUGCAGAGCAGGACUUCGAUGCCUCUGUACUGCCUCUUUUACAAGCGAU